AGGCAGCAGGAUUGUGACUUGCCCUUACACAGUCAGCAACUGGAAAAAUGCCAGAUUCUGAAAGUAAUUUGGAGUCUUCAGAUGUGGAUGUUAUAAAUGGUACUUCAGUCUUGAGUGAAACAAAAAUUUCGGAUGAGAAGGGAUCUGUUGAAAAAAGAGCAGUGCCUCAGAUUGGGAAGGAUGGCUAUCCUGACUCCAUCUACAUAAAUGCAGCUAAGAUUUUUCAAGGCCUUCGUACUGAGAAGAGUUCAGGUAAAAUCCUGCUGCGUUAUGGCGAUACCUCGGGGUCUCCCACGGUGGCUUUUAAAGAUGAGCAGUCCAGGCGUGUGUCCUAUGAACUGGCUUUCAAAACUCUAAAAUAUCAAGAUCUUCUUGAAGAAGUGUUGGUAGAGAGUAAGGUUUACCCAUCCUACUCAAUACCAGAUGAGCUAACCAGCUUGCUUGUUGUGAUGCUUUGUGACCUACAAGACCGAAAAUUUCAAAACCGAAAGAUUUUUGCUGAAGAGGAAAUUGUAGCAGAAGUUCAGGAAGUAGGGAAUUAUUUAUACAGCUAUGAGACCAAGCUGGCAGCAGCACUAGCACGAUGUCGCAUCAAACAUGAUGCUCUUUCAAUUGAAUACUUUGUACCAGAAACCAUAUUGAAGCAGGAACAAAGGACUUCUGCUUUACCUAUCUGUUUUUGGAUAAACACAUUUAAAAUCAGCCUUGAAGAUGUUAUCAAAGAUUUGGAGAUGAAGGGAUUCACAAAGGUUGAAUCUGUGUCAGACUUUGACCAUUACACAUAUGCUGUGGACCAACAUUGCCGAGAUGUAUUGGUUUUUCCUUCCUCUCUUAAAGAAGAACUGCUUAAUUUAGAUCUUUCUGCAGAUUGCAAACUCUUGCUGCAGGACAAGUCGCGCAGCCUCGCCGUGCACUCCGCGCGCGCGCUGUUGUCUGAGGGUGCUGACAUUAUAAUGGCUCACUUGGGUUCCCACCUGACCAUUGCCCAUAUGUCAGUGCUGACAAAUGACAGCAGCUCCAGCAUUUUUGUUUGUGGUGUGAAAUCUUCGGCAAAAGAAGAAGAACUGAUGAACAGUUUCAGUCACAUGGGAUGUACAAAUAUUUCCUUGUUACAUGAAGACUUUACUGAGCUUCGGCCAACAGACCCAAGACUUGAAAAGGCAACAGUUAUUUUGCUGAUACCACAAUGCUCUGAACUGGGUGCUGGCAAUCCAAUGGAGCUUAUUUUAAGUGAACAUGGAGAUGCAGAUUUACUACAGGACCUUUUUCAGGGAUUUGUGUCGGAGGAUAAACUCAGGAUUCUUGCUGAGAGGCAGCUUAAUGAGUUGCUUCAUGCACUGAAAUUUAACAAAGUACAAGCUAUUGUUUACUGCACUUGCUCAGUUUACCCAGAAGAAAAUGAACUUGUAGUGAAAAAAGCACUGGAAUCUGGAGUGGAGAGAGAUAAAGCACGACGCUAUAGGCUUAUUCCUUCUAUUUUUUCUACUUGCUCUGAUUCAGAGUCUUCCACUGAAAUGUUUUUCAAAAUAGAGCCAUCAGAAAUUUCCAGUGGUUGUUUCCUAGCUGUUCUAGAGAGAGAGAAAAAGGCGUCUGCUAAAGACAUUUUGGCUUCUGCUGCAGCAAAAGCUCUACUAGAUGGCAUUGUUGAAGAAAAGCCAAAAGAAGAGGUGAAAAAGCCGAAAGUAAAACAACGUAGGCGUAAGGCUGCUGCUGGUAACAGUAAGCCAAAAGCUGCAAAGCUCCCUCCCCGCCCAGCUGCAGCUAAGGCUAAGGCUCCUGUGCCUAAAGCAGCCCAUAAGAUACAAGAAACACAUGUGUGCCCCAUAUGCCCAAAAAGCCCAGCCAGUAAGGUGCAAAAAAACCACGCAGGCUCCCCAAAAGAAAAGACUGUGCAAGAGAGAAAAGCAGCCAGUGACACACCACAGGAGACUGUGCAAGGGAAAAAAACAGCCAGUGACACAGCACAGGAGACUGUGCAAGGGAAAAAAGCAGCCAGUGACACAGCACAGGAGACUGUGCAAGGGAAAAAAGCAGCCAGUGAUACACCACAGAAGACUGGGCAAGGGAGAAAAGCAGCCAGUGACACAGCACAGGAGACUGGGCAAGGGAAAAAAGCAGCCAGUAACACACAGCAAAAGAAUGUGCCCUGAACAGACAGCUGUGUUGAGCUGAAGAAAUCUGUGAACCCUGACUGAUACACAGCACCAGUGAAAGUGCAGAAGCCAACAUCUCUCAUCUGUCACCUCUGGGCAAGGUGUAUGAGACAGACACCUGAUCAAAAGGCAUGCAUAGAACAGAACAGGGAUGUACUGAAGCCCACAACAAUCACUUUGCCUUCACUGAUAACACCAUAUGAAAGGCUGUAAUGAAACAAACUCAGGGUAUCAACUUAACGUGGCUUUCAUGGCCAGACUGGAGCACAGGGUCCAAGUGGUUGGAUAUUUCCAGCACCCUGGUCAAAAAUGGUCAAGCAAACUUGGCUGUAUGAACCUUCAGACUCUGCCCUCCCUUUGUAAAGAAGGUAAAGGUUCCUGUAUCCUAAUCAAUAGUCUUAAAUUACAGUAUAAAUUUAUGCAAGGAUAAUCUGGCCUUAGGAAAGAUGUAUUAUGGGCUAUGUAUAUAGAAAUAUCCAUGUUUAGAUAGUAACUUCUCAUCCAGUAAUCACAUUUUAAGUGAAUGGAGCUCAGCUGCCUAAGGCUGAUAUAUUGUUGGGGGAAGUGAGGUCAAAAACCUGUAGCCUCUUGCUAUGCAGUCUGAAGUGACAAGUUAAAUUGUGUACUCAACCCCUCACUGUAUCUGAACCCGUACAGGUAAUCAGUUUCAAAUUGAUGUUUUUAAAGUGAGACUGAAUUUUCUAAAGUGGCUUUUCUUUACAAGUGCUAGAUACUAUUUUUGUGAGUUCCCACUUAUGACAGAUGCAUGGAAAAUAAGCCUUGUAUUUUUAAAUCUAGAUGUGAACUUCUGUCCAGGAAACUGGCCAAGUACAUUGAAGCCCAUGCAUAGGCUUUCUAGUGUGUGUUCUCUUGGUUUCUUAAGUGUGCAUUGAAAUACUAACAGUGAAAAAUAGAUCAAACAUUCUCAUCCUAAAAACACUGAAUCAUCGUCAUAAUGUCACAUCAGACUAUGGCAUGGUUCAUAACUGCUUUUUAUCAAUUUCUUAACAUAAACAGUUCUGAGUUGAAAAGAGCUGCUACUGUCAAGGUAACAUUUUUAUAAAUGUUACUGCUAGUCAGCUGAAUAGUGACUGGACAAAGACUAGCUGUCUGUCUUUGGAAACAGCUGUGGGCUUCUACGCUCCCUUUUGCUCCCUAUGCUCCCUUUUGCUAGCAAAGAUAAAAUAACUGUAAAACAUCUACAACUGUCUUGUAAUCUGAGUAGAGGAUAAAAGGAGUCACAGAGAUACUUUUAACAAUAAACCUGAUGUGUAUCUAGAACUUGUAAAAAUGAAAGAGACAGCACAGCAAUACAGAAAGACAAAGGUAUCUGUGGCCCAGAAAUCUUCCUCUAGGCCACCAUUUCAGAUACUUGGGAAGAGUGUUGCCAGGAGCAUCACCACUGUAGUGUGGGACUUAACCAGUUUGACAUAGAAGUCUGGAUUUAGACCCAUCCAGAGAAAAUGUUACUACAUCUCUAUUUUGUCUUCAUCCACACCAGUCAGUGUUACUGGAUCAGCAGUACCUUUUUAAGAAAGGAUGUGAAUGAUACUACCCCAGCAGUGUAGGCAGCUGGCUCUUGUUCAUCUGAUAAAUGUCAUUGCUUCACUGAAUCAGUGAAAUUUCUUACAGCAUUUUAAUCUGAGCCAGCUGUCCUAUACAAAGACAUCCCUCACCCUCUGCAUAUCCCUGUGAGCAAUACAUGCUCCUUGCCUGCUCCAGUAAUACAAUUAACUCUACUCUUAUUUCUGAAUAAACUUGUUAGGAUAGAUUUAGACCCAUACACAUGCCAUGUGUAGAACCAGAAAAAAAAAAUCCUAUUUUAUUUCAAAAACAUCUAGGAGGAGGAGGGAUUCUACAUGUUGGAUGGAAGGAAUGGACACUGUGGAGAUUUUUUUCCCCCAAUAUGGUUGUUAAAUGCUUAAAAUUAACUUAAGAGAUUCUGCAGUUAAAAAAUGAUCUUUUUUAAAAAAAUCAAGAUCUGUAUAAUUCAUUAUGAAAGUUGAAAUUACUUGUAAAACAACAUAUGUGUGUCUAAUAACAGAAUUUCUGGGCUACUUACGUAAUAUGUGCCAUGAUGUCCCUCCCUUGGCCUUGCCUUGCUUUCAGGAAUUUGCAUUUUUGGCACAGUAUGGAGGUUAAACCAGUCAGAAUCUUGAUGGCUUACCAAGAAUAUCAGAGAGAGAAUUUUUCAACUGCAGGUCAGCAGCUUACUUUGUAAGCAUGGAACAUCACAUGGUGGCAACACCUGGGACUGACUUCAGAUGGCUUGUAGGUAGAUGCCUGUAACAGUCUUUUUUCAGUAAAACUGCAUCUUAUGUAACUACUUUUCUGUAAUCCAGUUGUUUAUUUGUCAUUUUCAACUAGAAACUGUUGAUUCAGUUUUCCAGAUACAAAAGUUUUCAGAGUACUGCUACUGCCUCUAAACCACCGGUAUGUUUUUCCCUUCCCUCAACCACCAUUCUGAACAAAAUAAUUUCGCAGUUUCAUGGAGCAGUAACAGGUGAGACAAUCACUUUAUGCAGCUAAAUUUAUUCUCAGAACAGAUUACAUUUAAAUAUGGAGAAGUGGUCAAUAGCAGGGAAAAUUGUCCUUUUUGUUGUCAGUCAUGUACUUUUAUGUAAGACUGGGCUCUGCUAAUAAACAGUGUUGUGUUUCCUUCUGUCUCACUGUUGUUAAAUCAAACCUGCAUGGGCUGAUGGGACAGCACAUGUGACAAUGUGUAAAUUAAUGUGCCCAAGAAAGGAGUAAUGCAUUUGGGGGUAAUGCUGAAAUGCUGUGCCCAUAAUGGCUCUUGAAAUUAGAAUGUUCUCUUUUCCAUGGGUGAUGUACUAACACUUUUAGAUUCCAUGAUGAAUGAUCUACGAAAUGCUUGAUAAAAUUAAGAAAUGUAGAACCCUUAGUGACAGCCUGGGUGUGAGCUAUUAGAUACUCCACAAUUUUUGUUCCUCUGCCACUGAAGGGCAUAAUAUUUCUGUAGGUACAAGUGACUCUGCACAGGAAAUAUAUCACUAAACCUUGUUUUAUUGUGAAUGGAUUCUGUGCUAUUCCUAUGCUAUUUUUGUCAUUCCCAGUUAACCACCCUGUAGGUGGCCUCCAUAGCCUUGCACCUCCUUGCUCCCCUGUAAAUGAAACAGUAAGUGGCUUAAAUAAAACCUACAGCCAGCACUACAGAUUUCAAAAGAAAGGCUUUCAUCUAUUAGUCAUUGACUGUGAAUAUAAAUCUCCUUGCUUCUGCAAGGGGGUGUGUUAAUGACAUGACUGACUGACACGUGAUACCUCUAACUUACUACAUGCUUUGAAAAAAA